AUGAAUGAAACUUUUCAGUUACAUUCAUGUCGUGAUUCGAAAAAAAUUUCAAAUAUCCUCAUGAUUGCUAUAGUCAUGAUUUUAUCUAUAGUUGGAAACGGCUUAAUUUGCCUCUUACUUAUCAGAUUUAAAACUUUGAGAACAGUCCCCAACAUCCUCAUCGCUAACUUAGCUGCUGUUAACAUUCUCAAUGCAAUGACUAACAUGCCUCUUUUCAUCUUGUGGUACAUUUGUAAAGUGCCCUUCCUUAAGGGUCGUUUAAUCUCCUGGAUACUGGUCACAUGGUAUGUAUUGUUUGUAUACCUUACCGUGUUCAACCUAACGGUGCUGGCAAUGGACCGUUUUGGGGCUAUUGUGCACGGUUUACAUUACCAUGUAUGGAAAACAAAGAAAAAAGCCAAGGUAGCGGUACUGUUUGUAUGGCUUUUCGCGGCCUUAUACACAUAUGGUAUGUUUACAAUUGGACUGGAUAUUGAUUUAGGCGACGCUCCGGUGCUGCUUUACAGGACGACCUACUUAGAAAUUUUCGGGAGACACUUUAUCAUCCCUGGAAUUUUGGUUCCAUUCUUUUUAAUGCUCACUUUGGGAGUGGCCAUUUGGGUUAAGGUGCGUAGUCAUAAAAAGCGUUUGUUGACUUUCUUCUCCGUAAACAUUCAAAUCGAAAACGACGUGAAGACCGCGAAGACAGUUGGUGUAACAGUGUUGGCGUUUUUCUGUAUGAAUGUGAUACCAAUGUUAUUACACAACAUAGUGAGAAGCCAUGGUAGCUGGCCUCACUUCCUCGCAUUCUUUCUCAUGAAACUGAACUGCAUGGUGAAUCCUAUCAUUUAUGCUUUAAAGGCUCCAAGGUAAGUUCAGUCUGUGGGGUAUGGGGCUAAGCGGUGGCUCAAGGAAUUUUGGGAAGACACUUGAUUCUUAUCUUUACGAAGACUCCUGCAAAAUUAAAUCUUUUUGUCAAUCUGUGUUUGCAUUGACGAAUUCUGUUUUGGCAACAGCGGAAGAAGAUACCUUUAUUCUAAACUGUCCUUACUUUCAGUUUUGCGUUUGGUGUAUUCUUCACUUCUAAACUGACAAUGAACAGCAGUAAGGGAUUAUAAGAACCAGAAGAUGACGGCAACAAGAACGAUGCGAAAAAAGAAAAAGGAAUUUCAAUUAGCAAAAAAAUGGCUUUCAACUCGCACUGCCAAAUUUUGCCCGUUUCUAAGCCGCUUUAUGUUAAAACAGUUUCUUUAUUUAUUUGUCAACAGGUUCCGCAGAGCUCUAGUACUCUUAUUAAAGGAACCACAUGGCAAAUCGGAACCCAAUAUGAAUUCGCGGAUCCUCAACAACCUUAGCUCAACGGCAAGUAAUUGGACCUUAAAGACGGAAGAAACUGACAUUGAGGACACAAAACUCUAA